AUGGCAAGGAGUGGCGGUGGUGGUGGCGGGCGUGUCCAGCACGUCCGAGGGAACAGCUACGACAAGGACUCGCGUGGGGGGAGAGGUGCUUGCCGUGACUGCGCAGGUCCCGGCCGUUCAAAGGACUUCGAGGCCAGCGACCCUUACGGGCGCGAUCCACGCGGCGGGGGCAGUAGCAGCGGCGACCGCAACCGGAGCAAGAGCUCCGAGAGGCGGGGGAGGGGGCGAGACAUUGACGAGGACGUCAUGCGCGCCAGACGUAAAUACAGCGGUGCAGAGGUUCGGUCUCCAGAAGCUACCCUUCGUCGCCAAGACGCACGCCGGCGCCCAGAGACUCCUGCCUCAGGAUCCACAAAGUCGAAGCCUUCGCCACGAGGCCGGGCGUCUUUCACUCCGCUGAAAAGCACGGGCUCGAGCACGGAUCACCAUCUUGAAGGAGCCAGCGAUGGCAGCGCCUCGCGGGGCCGAGGGACCAAAGGCCACCAGCCCGUGCACGCGCCCAACACCAUCUGUGCGCAGUUCGACCAAGUACCCUUGCCACCUUCCAUCGGGUACAACGGCAUGGGUGGCGACGACUUUAUUUCGUCCCUGGAAGAUCCGCUGUCAGACUCCUUCAUGAGCGGAGCAUUCCCGAGCGUGGGGUCUCCGGUUCGCCGCUCAAGCAGGUCCUCGUCCAUCACUUCACCCUCUCGAGCCAACCACGUGCCGUCUCCUGCCAUAACCGCUGGUGGUGGAGAUGCUGCUGCUAUGGCUAGCCCGGAUGCGGCUACGCCUGGGCCGAAUAUCCCUGGUGCUCCGGCACCUACCCCCCCUUUCCGUUCCUCCGGGCCAGGUCCCACCACAGCGUCGAACGAGCCCAAAGCGAUUGCAGCCUCAGGGAAAUCGAGCUGUGGCAGGGACAUUGCGCCUAUGGAAGGUGGCGUCAUCCAAAGGGAGAGGGGACAGGUGUGCAACGAUGCGAUGACGACAACCAACCACGACAACCACGGGGCGCCUUAUUCCUCUGCAAUCUCAUGCCUCCCCCCUGCACCGGAGGAGCCUUCGGCGGUGCUACCGACGCAGCUGGCGGCGUCGGAAGUUGGCGGGCCGACAGCCUCCCCUCUGCCGACGGCGGGGCAGUCGCCGCAAGAAGGCGGUACUGCUGCACGCCCGUCGAUGCCGCCCCCGCUUCCCGCGGACGGCGGCGUCGAGCAUGUGGGCACCGCAGAAGACGGAUCCGCCUCGCCGGCUGCCGCCGCGUUGGCUGGCACGGAGGCAGUAGCGGUCCGCAAGGAAGACGCAGAGAAGGAUCCUACCACGCCUUGUGCGAGUGAGGAAACGGGUGGGUCCGCGGCCGCUGACGACAUUCGUCCAUCGCCAGCUGAUGGGGGGGCGGUUGGAGAAGCCGUCGGUAAUGGUUCGAGGCAGGAUAAAGUGUCUGAUAGUCGCCGAUCGGAGCUGGGAGGUGGAGGCGACGAUGCUGCCGCCGGCGGGGGGGAUGCAGCGGCGCCGAACGAGGGCGAGGGAGGGGAGCAGAGAAAGGAGGAGGAUGGGAUCCAAGAGGACGAGCAGAGCGCUGGCGACAAGACACCUCGACGCUCGACCGAUGUCAAGAGCUCCUGGUACUCGAAAGGCACCAUGGUCGUCCUGCACUGCGACUCGCCAGCUCAAGUCAGAAGCACUAGCAACCCUGUCCUUCCGCUGUCAGACCUACUCGGCAGACCGGCCCGAGUCAUCCAGGAACCCACUCACCGCAUGGGACAAAGAUAUCACUUGGUGGAGUUCCAGCCAUGGGAAGGUGGUCCAGACACGGUGGUAACGCUGCGCGCGAAGGCGAAAUUACUCAAGCCAGCACCUCUAGACUCCGUCUCCGCCCCUGCCGUCGUCAGUGACGGCCGUGAUAGUGGCGUUUCCACCGACGGUGGCAGCGCGAGGGCUCGGCUAAGCACGGCUAGAGCGGAGAUCACACCUUCGGGAGCCGGCGCAGCGCAGCGUGUCUCACGCAAGACUGUCGCGGCCACGAGGCCACGAAGGAGAUCAACUCGAGGGACCAUCAAGGCUACGAAGCAGAGUGUCUCCGUGGACGCGGGCGAGGCGGGGGGUGAGCAGCCGCCGCCGGCAACGGCACGAGUUGUGAAGCGCGAAGGGAAGGGGAACAAGGAGGCUGAGGAGAACGACAUGGAGGUUGAUGUGGAAGGGGAGGAAGAGGAGGAGGAAGAGGAGGGGGGGGAGGAGGACGCAGCAGAUGACGCAAUCAGCGACAAGAAGCAAUCUGCAAUCAUUCAUUCUCCGGGGGAAUAUAGCUCUAUGACCAAGGAAAGAGUUGGCAAGGGCCGGUCGGAAGAGGAGAAGGAAGAGGAAGAGGAGAAGGAAGAGGAGGAGAAGAGGGAGGAGGAGAAGGGGGAGGAGGGCGUCGCUAUCGCAGCCGUGUUGGACACCAUGGCCAUGCCAAAGGAAGGAGAGCCGCUUGACGACCCCCGAAAACCGAUGCUGAUUCCUGUAGGCACGAGGGUGGUCGUGAAGCAAGCCCCGGCGGAGAGCUCUCGUCCGCGCGGUUGUCAACUCAAAACGUCAGAUUUGGUGGGCAGGACGGGCGUGGUGACGAAGAUGGCGACACACGUCCAGGGUACCCGUCACCACAUGGUGUCGUUCGAGCCUUGGCCGGGUGGGCCGAGCACAACGACCAGCUGGAACUUCGCGCGCAAGCGCCUUGCCCUGUGCCCUUCCGGCAUCGGCUCCGGCGGUGCCAGCGUCAGCGGGACUCGUGGGGUCGGGGCUGCUCCAGCGAGCAGAAGAGAGGGGAACGCCAAGGGUGCAGCAGCAGGGGCAGCAGCAGCAGAGGAAGCAGCAGCGACACAAGAGGGGGAGAAAGAGGAAGAGGGGGCUAAGGAAGGCGGAGCGGCCAGGCCCACGCCCCCAAACACCGAGAAUUUGCCUGCCGGCACUGUGGUGGUGGUGCGGAGUGUUGAAACCGACCCGGGCAGGACUCUGAAGUUCGCCCGCGACGAGACGUACGAGGCAGGCUUCCAGGAGGUUCUGGGACGAGAGGGUAUUGUGGUCAGUGGACCCACCUCCACAACGAAGGGAUUUCGGUACCACCUUGUGCAGUACGAGCCUUGGGAGGGCGGUCCGACGCGACCGUUCACGUGGAACGUCAAGGUGGCAUCCCUCGAGGUACUCCGUCACCCCCCGACCGAUUUCUCCUCGGGCGACAACGUGCAAGAAGCAGACGUUAACAUGGCUGAGGCUAGCACUCCUUCUGAGGAGCGGAAGGAGGAGGCGGCGGCGCCAACCCAGGCCGGGAACGCGGCCGAGGCCGGAGCCGAGGCCGAAGCCGAGCCUGACUCGGCUGAGGUACCGGCCGCAGGCGGUCCUCCUGCCGCGGAAACUUCUACCAAGACGGUAGCCUCGGAAGAACCGCCACUGCCGAGAGGUCGCUCGCGAGCUCGGCGGCACCCUUCAUCGCUGUACGGCACGACCGCCGACGGCGGGGAGCAGGGAGACCCCGGUGUGGAGGAGCAGAAGUCGAGCGAGUCGGAGGCGAGAGUGCUGCUGCAGGCAGCGGCGGCGGCAGCGGCAGAGGCGGCGGCGGAGGCAGCGGCGGCCGGGGGAAGCAGGAGCAAGGAGGCCAGUGCCGAAGGGAGUAGUGGGGCCACCGCUGCUGCCGGCCGAGGUACCAUCGGCAAUGAUAGUGGCCAAGCCCCUGGUUCAGAUAAGAACAUUCCUCAGUGCGCGAGCAGCAGCAGCAGUGGGGGGGCACAAGAGAAUCUCCCUUCACGCCGUGCAGCGGCGGACGGGCUGGGGUGUGGUUCUGUUUCACCGCCAACUCGCACGACGAGGUCGUCGUCGAUCUCGGCGGAGAGCGCGGCGGACGUCGCCGAGAGCGGUGGCACUGUUCCCGCAGUGACCGACCACGAAGCCUCAAGGGGCGAGGGCAAGCGAGGCGCAGCGGAGAUGGCGGCGAACGGAGAGUCGGGAAGGCUUCGGGUCGAGGUGGAGGAAGGGGAGACAGCAGUGGGAGCCGGUUUGGAUAGCCCAGCAAGCGCCGUCAAGAGAAGGCGAUCGCAAGCGACCCUGCCGUCGUCCAACGACCCACUACCAGACGAGGGUGGCGCGCUGAACAGCGAUAGCCCAGCGAGAACCGGUCCGGCUGACGAGGGAGCGGUGGUUUCAGGUCGCUGCGAGACAGAGGAGCCGCUGAGUGCGACACAGAUCGCCACGGCGGAAUCAGAGCGCGUAGCCACCGAAGCGGCCGCCGCCGCCGCAAAAACGGCUGAAAAGGAGGCGGCGGAGGAGGAGGAGGCCGCCAGGGUUGCCGAAAAGAACGCCAAGGCGGCGGCAGCCAAAGAAGCCAAAGCAGCCAAGGCAGAGAAACAGAGAGCCGACAGGGUAAUGGCGACGAAGGCCGCCAAUGCUGCCAGAGCCGAGCAGAGGAAAGAAGCCAAGGCGAAGGCAAUGGAGGAGGCUAGGGCUGCAGCUGCUGCAAAGAAGCAAGCUCAAGAUGCGUUGGACGCCCAAGCUGCGUUAGACGCUCAAGCCGCUACGGAAGUUGCUUUGGAAGCUCAAGCCGCCAAGGAAGCUCAAGCAGCUGUUGAAGCACAAGCUGCGUUGGAAGCUCAAGCUGCCAAGGACGCUCAAGCGGCUCUGGAAACACAAACUGCGUUGGAAGCUCAAGCUGCCAAGGACGCUCAAGCGGCUCUGGAAGCACAAGCUGCGUUGGAAGCUCAAGCCGCCAAGGAAGCUCAAGCAGCUGUUGAAGCACAAGCUGCGUUGGAAGCUCAAGCUGCCAAGGACGCUCAAGCGGCUCUGGAAACACAAACUGCGUUGGAAGCUCAAGCUGCCAAGGACGCUCAAGCGGCUCUGGAAGCACAAGCUGCGUUGGAAGCUCAAGCCGCCAAGGAAGCUCAAGCAGCUGUUGAAGCACAAGCUGCGUUGGAAGCUCAAGCUGCCAAGGACGCUCAAGCGGCUCUGGAAACACAAACUGCGUCGGACGCUCAAGCUGCCAAGGACGCUCAAGCGGCUCUGGAAGCACAAGCUGCUUUGGAAGCGCAAGCAACCAAAGAAACUCAAGCUGCGUUGAAAGCUCAAGCUGCCAAGGACGCUCAAGCUGCGUUGAAAGCUCAAGCUGCCAAGGACGCUCAGGCUGCUUUGGAAGCUCAAGCUGCGUCGGACGCUGAAGCUGCGUUGGAAGCUCAGGCUGCGUUGAAAGCUCAAGCUGCCAAGGACGCUCAGGCUGCAUUGGAAGCACAAGCUGCCUUGGAAGCACAGGCAAGCGCGCGCGAGGCCCAGGGCACCGAGGAAACUACUCCCGAAGCCCAAGCUGCCAAGGACACGCAAGCGGUUGAAAGCACCGCGGCAGGUGCAGAGGCGGCAGGAGAUUCCCAGGCGACGCCUAGGACCUCCUCAGACGGGGAGAAAACGAGGAAGGAAUCUUCGCCGACGGUUGUCGGGAGCGAUGUGGAAGGAGUGCAGCCUCAGCAACAGGCGGCGGCGGCGGCGGAGGAGGAGGUGGUGGGUGCCACCGUGCUGCCUGCCGAGAGGCGUGCCCAGGAGGAGUGCCAGCAGGAGGGCGCCGCCGGUGCGACUUGGGAUGGGGCGAGGGAGAACGUGAGGGCGAUUCGGUCGACGAGGAAGGCCGCGGCGGUGGCCACUCAAAAGAUACGAAAACGAAAGAGUAACGGCGGUGGCUGUACCGACCGGGCCGCGGGAAGGGAGGGCAAGCGCAAAUGCGCCGCGGCAUCUUCAUCGCAUGGCAAUGAGCUUUCACCCGACAUCGACAACGCGCCCCGAGAGGACGAGGGCGGCGCCGGUUGCGCAGAAAAGGGUAGCGAGGACAAGGAGGUCCGCCCUCAGCGGACCGGAUGCAAAGCCGCCAUUCCCCGAAACGUGCCCCGACCUCGGUGUCUUGCUUUCGCUUUGCAAAAACACACAAAGGACCGGGUAGAAGUAGCAGUGGAGGAGGAGAAGGAGGAGGAGGAGGAGGCGAGGCCACCGCCGCUCGAGACAGGCAAGCGAUCGGGCGAUGGCCUCCCUGACAGCAGCAGCAACCUUGCCGAGCCUGCUACUGCUGCUGUUGCGGCCGUGCCUGCCGAGGCCGCCGUUCCCUGCGAGCCGACCGACACCGGUGCCUUGCCCUCUGGCGGCACGCACUCGGCUGAGCGUGCGCCCUCACCCGCAGUUACCGCGGCCGUGCCGGCUCACGAUACCGCUUCUGCAGAAGUAUCACCUGUUGCCGCUGCUGAUGCUGCUUCUGAUCCUGCCGAUGCUGAAGCGAAUGCCACGCUAGAUGCGGUUAAAGCGCCGCCUGCUGAUGCUGAGGAGGUUGCCGUGGCUGUUUCGGCAGAGGCACCACCCCCUGCUGGUGCUGUUGCUGCUGCUCCUGGUGGUGGUGGUGGUGCUGCUGCUGCUGCUGCUGCUGCCGAUGCGGUUUCCGUGCUUGCCACAAUUGAGGCGCCUGCUUACGGUAGUGCCUCCGCUCGUUCUGAUGAUGCUGUGGCCGCUACCGCCAUGGUCGAGGAGCCCAGUGUUGCUGCUGAGGCUCCUGCUGAUGCAGGUGCCGCGACCGCUACGGCUGAGAGAUCUGCUUCUGCUGCUGCCGCUCCUGGGAACGCUGAUGAGGUCGCCACGACAGAUACGGUCGAAACACCUGCUGCUACUGCUGCUUCUGCGGCUGCUGCUGCUGCUGCAUUCCCGGCUGUAGAACGCCAGGUGCGGGCUCUCGCGGCCUCGGUUGCUGCUGCAGGAGCGGUCCCAGCUGCGGCAGGGGGGCCGGCAACAUCGGGGCCGGUUGAAGGCUUGGCGGGGGCUGGAGGAGUGGACAUGCAACGGAUACUGGCGGGCCUGCAAGAAGACAUGCAAGGUGUGAAGACACAGCUCAAGAGGCGCCGCAGCAGCGCCGCCAACGAGGAAGUCGGCCGCGCCAGGCACCGCAGGGCGCGUCGGAGCUCGAAGGGCUCGCCGCCAUCGUCAUCCCGAGCACGCCACGAGAAACGCGGCCGGUCGGCUUCCGCGCCCUCCGCUACCGACUCGGACCACAGCGACUGCUCCUCCUCGGGCGGGUGGUCCAGCUCCGGCGACGAAGGGCGAAGGCGCGGCGGGGGCAAGGGGGGCGGCAACAACAAGAGUUAUCGGGAUGCACACCACCACCAUCGCAGAUCCUCCGCACCGGCCAGGCGUAUUCAUGCCGCGCAGCAGGGGUACUACCCGUACGCCGCGCCCGCUGGCGCCUACCCUCACGCGGCUCCACCGCCACCGCCGGGAUACUUUCACUACCCGGGAGGGCCUCCUCUUCAGGGCGGUGCGGUUCCGGGCUACCCAUCUAUGUACCCCGGGCUGGUCUACGGCCAAGGUCAAGGCCGGCCUGACGGCAUCGGAAGGGGCCCCGUCGAGUGGGAAGGAGGAGGAGGGCAGCACAGUUUCGAGCGGCACCGGCACCGGCGAAGCGAGUCGGAGCACAGCCAGCAGCGGGACCAGCGCUUGUUGAGCGAUGGCGGGGCUAGGGGGAGGUCGGCCUCAUCGCCGGUCAAGGACGACGAGGAUGACGUCGACAACUCCAGAGCCGCUGCCGCUGCCGGUCCGCGUGCCGCCGACCUUCCGGUUCCCGCUGUUGCCGAGAAGCAAGCUGCAACAGCAGCAGCAGAGUCGUCCGAGAGAUGCAAGGCGGGCGACGACGGCGCCGAAAGCGACGGAGGAAGCAGGGCGGCGGCAGCGGCCGCCGCCGGGCACGAGAAGAGCGCCUCGUGUCGCGCGCGCCGAGGGGGAGAGAGGCGUUCCCGACGCAGGGAUGGCUCGGGGGACGGUGGGCGUGCCCCAGGAGGACCCUCGCGCCGACACAGCGACGGGAGCCAUGGCCUGCACGUCGGCAGCGGCUACUGCGGGGCCGGUGGCAUCGCCGAGCAGCAGGGCGGCUUCAGGUACCCGUUGGGUGUGGCGCCGUCGGGCGGCUUCGUGGAUCCGCGGUUUGCGCCUCCGGUGGCACCGAUGGGUCGCGGAGGCUACCCGGCGGCCUCUUCUCCCUACAUGAUACCACCGUCACACCCUCCUCGCGGCGUGUACCAUGAGCACUACGGCGAGGCCACGGGCUGGGCGGCGGGCGGGGCCCACCACCCUUACCAUGCCCCUGUUCACCCUCCGCCACCCCACCACAGACUCUACGAGGGAGGCAAUGUGUCCCGCAGACGCAGGACACGCUCGCCUGCGGCCGAGUCCGUCGAGGGAGAGAGGGAAGUCGGCGGGGGCGAUGGCAGUGGUAGCAGCGCUAGAGCAGAGCGGGGCAAGGGAAGUAGGAGCAGGAGCGGGAGCUGGGAAAGCGAGCACAUGGCGACAUAGUCGACUAGCGGUAUGUUGGGAGGGUGCGAUGUGGGUGGCCUAUUGAGGGUGCUUUUUGUUCUUUUGAGGAGCCCGUCGUGACAUGCGGUGUGUGUUGCAAGAAAUUUGCGCGCCGGUUGGUGGAACAAUAUGUGUGGAAGGGGAGACGGAAAGCGAGCCUGGUAUGCAGGGAUUCACCUACUACCCAUGCGACGAAGCGACAAGAGGGCGAUAUAUGACAACUGGUGUGCGUCGUGCGCGCGGCAAAACGCACACUCAGGCAGAUACGUCGAAGCCGUAGUGUUUGGAGUAGAGUAUAAAGAGCAUAAGUUGUGACAAGGUGCUAUCCGUGUCGAUGAGCAUCCAUCUGUUCGUUUUCGAGCUGUCUUGUACCUCGUUGCUCGAUUCCUGGCGCAGAUACAAUACAAUGAUAGGAAAGUCGGCAUGAAAGAAAAGAGUCCUUGAUACCACCUCGGCUCUGUGAAUUUUGCGGUCGACAACUGUUGGGAUUUUUUUUUAUCUGGGUCGUUUUGGGGUUUCGUAUCGUAUAAGUAUUUGGUUCACACUGUGCUUGGGGUAAUUUUGUUGUCUGUUGUUUGUAUUGUAGGCUCGGUGUAUCGUGCUCUCUUUCGCGCCACUCGUCAAGGUGUACUCUCUUCCGAAUCCUUAGUUGUACGGAGUGAUCGGAGUGAUGGGAACGGAUUUGUUCGCUCUUGACGUUAGGCAAAGCUUUUUUUUUCUCGUGCAUGUAUGUUUACGGAAUACACCAUCGCGGUCUGUGUCGCUUGAGGGGUUAGACUGAAAGUCGGGGUUGGCGGAUCGGUGUGAUACCAUGUGGUGUGCUUCAAAUCACGCAUGUUGGUCGGCUCUCCCGUCGCCGGCAGGCGAUUUCUCAAGCUGUCGGUAGCGACAACAGCGGCUUGAGCUCGUUCGCGAGGACUUCUUGGUAAUUGACAAGUUAGAAUUGAUGGCGGUAUUGACGGAUUUCUAGCUCUGGCGGCCGAGCUGGGGGUCUAGUGGGGGUGGUUCGAUGCUUGGUUUACGUGUCAUGGUGUGUUCCUUCUUGAAGUCUCGUCACGUACCACAAGUGUUAUUUACACGGGGGACUUGUCUUUCUCGUUUUUUUCAGUUUUAUUGUGUUGCAUGCGGAUAGGUAGGUACGCGGGCACACGGUUCUUUUUGUGCUGGUUUGGUCCGCUCUGACUGGCGUUUCACAUGGAACGGAUUGU